CGAAGACUUGAGCAUGCGCGUAGCUACCUGGUGGGCGCGUCCAGUGAUGACUGGGGGAUCCCGACAAGUAACAUGACUAAAAAGAAGCGGGAGAAUCUGGGCGUCGCUCUAGAGAAAAAUGUAUAUUUUUACAACUUGGACUGUUAUUAUGACAAAGUGUGUCAAUGAGAAAAACACCUCUGCGUUGCCCCUAGAUGUCUGAUCACCUGGCCCCACACGUGUGGAGUGUUUGGAAGCCAGAAUUUCCUCACGGCGUCUCCGUCACUCUAGGAUACGUUCGUGGGGCAGAUCGAUGGGCUAGAGAAGAAGCUGUCCCAGUGUCGGAGAGACCUAGAGGCUGUGAAUUCCAGGCUCCACAGCAGGGAGCUGAGCGCAGAGGCCAGGAGGUCUCUGGAGAAGGAGAAAAACAGCCUAAUGAGCAAAGCCUCCAACUAUGCAUCUCUAGAUUCUGCUCAACUGGGCACCUGACAGAGGGCAGGGACUCAAGAAACAGCCCCACCUGGCACCUACUCCACCUUCGGGCCCUCAGUUUCUGGUUGCUGGAUGAUGGGCACUACACACCCAACCCCUUGAGAGGCGAGCAGACUCACCUGGCGAUGUCACACCACCUCCUAGCCUGGCUUUCAGAGAAGGAACUGAAGUUGCUUCGGCAAGAGAACUGGAAGAACAUGCUGCUCUCUCUGGCCAUCUUCAUCCUUCUGACACUUAUCUAUGCCUACUGGACCAUGUGAGCCUGGCACUUCCCCACAGCCAGCACAGGCUUCCACUUGGCCCCUUGGUCAGGGCCAAGCAGGCACUUCAAGCCUCAACAGGACCAAGGUGCUAGAGCAUCCCCCUCCUGGCUUCCUGGUGGCCCAGCCCGCCUUGCCUCCCUGGCCUACUGGGGGGGGGUUCUGUAUCUCCGGAAGGACAUGGUGGCAAUAAAGAACUCCAAGCUGC